AUGGCAGCCGCCGGGCGCACCGGAUCCUCGUCGAUGGCGCAGGGGAGCCCUGGGUCCCAAGCUGCACACUUCAGGGCCAAGGACUGGUGGGUGGCCAGCAUUGACUUCACAGAAAACGAAGAGGCCAGCGCCAGUGUCCUUGUGAAAAUGAGCGACUCCUUCGUUGAACAAGCAAACCAGGUAACGGAAGAUGUUGAAAAACUUCUGGGUGAGAAAAAGGUUGACGCGAUCCUUUGUGUAGCUGGUGGAUGGGCUGGAGGCAACGCAAAAGUGAAAUCUUUAUACAAAAACUGUGACCUGUUGUGGAAACAAAGUGUUUGGACCUCAACAAUUUCUAGCCACUUGGCCACCAGACACUUGAAAGAAGGGGGAUUAUUGACUCUAACGGGAGCAAAAGCAGCAUUAUCUGGAACACCAGGAAUGAUUGGCUAUGGCAUGGCCAAAGCAGCUGUCCAUCAGCUUUGUCAGAGUCUGUCAGGUUCAAAUGGUGGCUUGCCACCUGGAUCUGCUGCAGUUGCUAUCCUUCCGGUUACCUUGGAUACACCGAUGAACAGGAAAUAUAUGCCUGAUGCAGACUUCAACUCCUGGACACCGUUAGAUUUUAUCGCUGAAACUUUUUAUGACUGGGUCACUGGAAAAGACCGUCCAAGUUCUGGGAGCCUCAUCCAGGUGGUUACAACAGGAGGAAAAACUCAUCUUACAGCUGCCAAUCUCUGAAGUAGAAGUUAUAAUUUGUGUGAACGACGGUGAAGUCAUUGAGAUGUGAAAUGUAUGUGUUGUUUGUGUGGUCAUCUUAUGUUUCUUCCAAUAAGAUGAUCUUAUUUGUGGAGCAAGACCUGUGAUGGUAUUUGUGUCACUAGUUGUAAGCCAGUUGUGCUUAAUUACCAAAAGGUACCAAAUGUCCUGUGUUCAGGAUGGUGACUUUCAAGAUUCACUAAUGGUUUCAUACAGCACCAUGUCCUAGAAAAUUACUUAAAGCCUUAAAAAAUAAGUGAUUUGGAGGGGGUAAAAUUGUGUUUAAUGGUAUGAUACAGAUAUAUAUGACUCUUGCAGAAGGCUUGCUCUCCUAGGGAUUUUCUGUAUUUCUGUGAAUUGUCAUAUUGAAUGUUGUCCAAAUGGACUUGUCAGAUAUUACUGUGAACUGUCAUUGUGUUAAUCUUGACCAAAGAUGUAGUCCCAUUAUUUUUCUCCUCUGAAUCUUUUUUGCUGUCUUAAGAAAUUCUGUUGAAGCUGUGAGACAAAACAACAAUGGAGGAUUUCCUGUUCUGUGUGUGUCUUGUGCACACAUGUAAGUUUUUCCAUUGAGAAACUAUUGACAUCCAUCCCCUGCUCUUAACUGCAGUUGGACAUGAGUAAGCACACAUGCUAAUCUUUUGUGUUUCUAGCAACAUGUACAACAGAGAUCUUUGUUGAAGUCAGGGGUGUAAAACGAACACAGUUUUGCCUUAAAAACUAUAAAACAUUUGUCAGCGCAGCCUGCACACCUGGUCAUUCUGUGCUAGGCCACAGUGAUGAUGAGGAAGAGUUAUAUUUAAUGAAGGUGUUGGAAAUUGAAGCCUUAUUGUAUAAUCAAAGAGGCCUAAUCAUAUUUUUGCUUGUGUUUUACAAGGCAGCAAGUGCUUUACUUGCAGGUAUACCCCGUCAUUGAUUGACAAAAGAGGGAACAAUGAGAGGAGGAAUCUCAGCACCUUCUGAACAUUGUAUAAUUUUGGUUAGGUGACCACUGCCUCUUCCCUCAAUCAGAAAAAAGUAUAGAGGCAUACCCUCUGGCAAAGCACAUUAUUGCCUGCAUUGCUUGCUAUGUAUGUUUCUUGUGUAAUUUCAUAUGGUAGUUCUUAAAACCUGAAAGUAAAGAGCAUCCUAAAAUGGCCAAGCUUUUACUGCCAACUGCUGGAUUUUGUGCUAAAUAAAGGUGUCUCUUUAGGA